CGUAUUAAUAUCUGGAUAUUAAUUAUUGUAUUAGACUUUACUAUUAUAAUGGACGGUGUUUUUGAUAAAUCAUACGAACAGAAUGAAAAAGAAUCUCAAGUUAUAGUUUCCAUUGGGACUUUAUUAGAGUCUGGUAAUGAUAAGGAGAUUGUUGUAAGAAAUGCUAUAGCAGAUUCAUUAUUUAAAUUAGCUCAACGAUAUCCUAAUGAAGUUGUUAAAACAUUAUGUUCUUAUCGCAAGCGAAAUAAAAAAUUAAAUACCACUCAUGUUGGGUUAAUAAUGAGCAUACUUAAAAAUGUAUGCAAUACUCAUACUAUGCAUCUUGAUGGAGAUAGCGUGUUACAAGCUAUUGAGCUCAGUGUCAUUGAAAUGACAAAUACUUCUAACACCACUCAAGAAUAA